ACACAGCCACAGAAAGAAGAGGAACAAGGACGUGGAGGUUUAAAAGGCCAUCUUACUCAACUUCGAGAGUGUGCUGCCUUAUCUUGUUCUUGCCGUCCAUUUUCUCUCCUCUCGAACCCAAACCUAAAACACGAAAUGGCGUCCAUUUCCGGUACAAUUGGAUCUUCUUCCUCUCUGCAACUUCCUAAAACCCCAGCCUCCUUUUCAAUUCACAACACUUCCCGUUUCAACACCCUUCUCCGACUCCGACCCCGACCCAACCACAAAACCCCCGCCGUUUCCUUCGUUAUUUCCGCAGUUGCCACUCCCAACACUUCCAUCCUCACCGCUCAAGAAGCCUUCAAGGGUUUUAACCUCGAUGACGACUCUAACGACCAACUCAGCCACGUUCCUGUUGCCGUCAGCAAAGACGAACUCGACAUUUCCAAACUUGGUUUUCCUUCUCAACUUGUGGACUCCCUCCGAAGGCGAGGAAUUACCAAUCUUUUCCCCAUUCAGAGAGCUGUGUUGCUGCCUGCAAUAGAAGGUAGAGAUAUCAUUGCUCGUGCAAGGACCGGGACCGGUAAGACGCUAGCAUUUGGAAUUCCAAUUAUCAAGGGUCUCACUGAGAAUGGACAAAGCACUAUGAGGCGAUCUGGGCGGCUUCCUAAAGUGCUGGUCCUUGCACCAACUAGGGAGUUAGCAAAGCAGGUAGAGAAGGAGAUACAAGAAUCUGCACCUUAUCUAAACACUGUUUGUGUUUAUGGUGGGGUUUCUUAUGAUAUUCAGAAAAAUGCGCUUUCACGUGGUGUUGAUGUUGUGGUUGGAACACCUGGGAGACUAAUUGACUUGAUAAAUGGGAAAAGCCUUAAACUUAGUGAAAUUCAGUACUUGGUACUUGAUGAAGCCGAUCAGAUGCUUGCUGUUGGGUUUGAGGAGGAUGUGGAAGUGAUUUUAGAAACGAUCCCGUCUCAGCGGCAGAUCAUGCUUUUCUCUGCAACCAUGCCGGGUUGGGUCAAGAAGUUGUCAAGAAAACAUUUGAACAAUCCAUUGACUAUUGAUUUGGUCGGUGAUAGAGAAGAAAAGCUUGCUGAGGGGAUCAAGCUUUAUGCUGUAUCAGCCACUGCGUCAUCAAAGCGAAGAAUUCUUUAUGGUCUUAUAAAUGCCUAUGGAAAGGGUGGGAAGACUAUUGUUUUCACACGGACAAAAAGGGAUGCUGAUGAAAUAUCACUGUCAUUAUCAAAUAGUAUUGCUUCUAAAGCACUGCAUGGUGAUAUCUCUCAGUAUCAGAGAGAGAGAACAUUGAAUGGUUUUCGGCAAGGGAGAUUCACAGUGCUUGUUGCUACUGAUGUUGCUUCUCGUGGACUAGAUAUUCCCAAUGUCGAUUUGAUUAUACACUAUGAACUUCCCGAUAGUCCUGAGAUAUUUGUUCACCGCUCUGGUCGUACUGGACGUGCUGGAAAAGAGGGUGCUGCUGUAGUAAUGUACACCGCUAGCCAGAAAGGAACUGUUAUGUCCUUUGAGCGUGAUAUAGGCUCCAGGUUUGAAUUUAUUAGUCCACCACCUAUGCAAGAUUUAUCAGAAAUAUCUAUCAGGCAAGGUGUUGAUACACUUGAUAGAGAUAGAAGUACUCCGAGAGGUUCUAGGGAUCAGAGAAGUUAUAGAACCGGUGGGGAUGCCUGGUCAAGUGGAGUUAGACGAUCAGGUGGGGAUGAUUGGUCAAGUGGAGGUAGACGAUCAGGUGGGGAUGCCUGGUCAAGUGGAGGUAGACGAUCAGGUGGGGAUGCCUGGUCAAGUGGAGGUAGACGAUCAGGUGGGGAUGACUGGUCAAGUGGGGAUGACUGGUCAAGUGGAGGCAGACGAUCAGAUGGGGAUGACUGGUCAAGUGGAGGUAGACGGUCAAGCGGAUAUUCGUCAACAAACAGGUCUUCAUCGCCAAACAGAUCUUCAUCGUUAAACAGAGGGGCCUGUUUUAAUUGCGGCCAAUCAGGUCAUCGGGCAUCAGAGUGUCCCAAAAAACAAGACUUUUUUUAGUUGGAACACAUUCAAUUUGGUGUCACCUUGUACUAGAAUUGAGCUGCCAUUGGUGAUGGCCUAAAUGGUUCAAGAAAUUGAAUGUGCUUUCGGAAAGAUUUACAGAAUCAAAGCUGCUUUUACAUCUUUCCUAUUUGGUUAUAUCCAUUCCCCAUAGAAGUUCCUGCAUUUGGUCUUGGCUUUUUUUUUCUUCUUUCCUUUCUUUCUCGUUGUAUAAUUGAUUGACCGGUUGCAUUGCGGCAGUGAUAUUCUGCCAGUACGUUAACUGUAUGAUGCUAACUUGUCUGUAUAUCCGCAAUGUUUAUCACCGGCCUGAACCUUCACAUUUCCAAAAAGACAGGAGUAGUUUUAUAGAAAUGCCUUCUUAUUAUUACUA